ACCGAAGCAUUGUGGGAAGGAAGGUAGAGCCGCAGACACGGUCGCUGGUAGCAGACGGCUUAAAUAAGCAAAUAUCUCCCGACCUGUGGCGACUUUUAGGAAACGACAAAGUUAAGAAAGGCGAUGCUCGUCUGCAGGCUGUGAAAAGGGCGAGCGUAUGCCGGUGUCGUCGCUGCUGUCCUGCUGCGCGCAGGCGCACUGAGUCGAUGGACGGCGGCGUUCUUCUUGUCUUUUCCCGGAGACACGCGUCGAGGAGCGGCGGAUUAUAAACCCCACCGCGGUGGAUGGGUGGUCGGGGGGCGGCUGUGCCAUCACAUUCCUUAAAGUUCCCUGAGAUAUCCGUCCCCAGACGCCGAGGAAGAUGUCGCCCAGCAGCCCCGAGGCGGUGAAGAAGCUGCUGGAGAACAUGCAGACGGACCUGCGCUCCCUCUCCAUGGAGUGCAAGAAGAAGUUCCCACCUGUCAAGGAGGCUGCAGAGUCUGGCAUCGUGAAGAUUAAGACCAUUGCAGCCAGGAAUACAGACAUUCUGGCAGCGCUGAAGGAGAACAGCUCAGAGGUUGUGCAGCCUUUUCUGAUGGGCUGUGGCACCAAAGAACCAAAAAUCACCCAGCUGUGUCUGGCUGCUAUUCAGAGACUCAUGUCCCAUGAAGUGGUAUCUGAGGCAGCUGCGGGGAACAUUAUCAAUAUGUUGUGGCAGCUGAUGGAAAACGGUUUGGAGGAGCUGAAACUUUUACAGACGGUCCUGGUCCUGCUAACCACCAACACAGUCGUUCACGACGAAGUACUUUCAAAGGCCAUUGUGUUGUGUUUCCGCCUACAUUUUACCAAGGACAACAUCACCAACAACACAGCAGCCGCCACCGUCAGACAAGUCGUCACUGUGGUGUUCGAGAGGAUGGUGGCGGAGGAUGAGCGUUUCAAAGGCAUCGUGGAGCAGCCCCCUGUUCAGGGAAACACCAACCGACGGUCUGUUAGUACUCUGAGGCCCAGCGCCAAGGAUGCAUACAUGCUGUUCCAGGACCUGUGCCAGUUGGUGAACGCAGACGCCCCCUACUGGCUGGUGGGGAUGACGGAGAUGACGCGGACGUUCGGCCUGGAGCUGCUCGAGUCUGUCCUGAAUGAUUUCCCUGGCGUAUUCCUCCAGCACCAGGAGUUCAGUUUCCUGUUGAAGGAAAGGGUCUGUCCACUGGUCAUCAAGCUUUUCUCGCCCAACAUCAAGUUCCGACAGGGCAGUACCAGCGCUGCCUCCCCAGCACCUGUAGAGAAACCGUACUUUCCCAUCUGCAUGAGGUUGCUGCGAGUGGUGUCGGUCCUCAUUAAGCAUUUCUACGGCUUACUGGUGACUGAGUGUGAGAUCUUCUUGUCUCUGCUGGUGAAGUUUCUGGACGGCGAGAAGCCGCAGUGGCUCAGAGCCGUGGCUGUAGAAUCAGUCCAUAGGCUGUGCGUGCAGCCUCAUUUACUACGGUCAUUCUGCCAGUCGUAUGACAUGAAGCAGCACUCCACUAAGGUCUUCAGAGACAUCGUCAACGCCCUGGGAUCCUUCAUUCAGUCCCUCUUCAUUGUCCCCAGUGCAGGCAACGCUGUAGCCGUCAGCGCUCCCGCUGGUGGGUCAGGCUCAGGGGCUCAAGGUACAGCGCAGGGGGCCCCGGGUACCGGGGGGGCCGGCGGCACCUUGACCACCCAGGCUGCGUUUGAAUACCGCGGCACCUGGAUCCCACUCAUGACCGUCAGCGUCCAGGGCAGCGCCAAAGCUACCUAUUUAGAGAUGCUGGAUAAAGUUGAGCCCCCCUCCAUCCCAGAGGGCUACGCCAUGUCGGUGGCCUUCAGUGCCCUGCUGGACCUGGUGAGGGGCAUCACCACCAUGAUUGAAAGAGAGCUGGCCUUGGAGGAGGAGGCUGCUGCCGAGUUCAGGGAGACUCACCCCGACCAGGAGUGGAAGCCGCAGCCCGACGCCCACCUGGUGUGGGAGGAGAUGGUCAACGCCUGCUGGUGUGGUCUGCUGGCUGCCCUGUCUCUGCUGCUGGAUGCAAGCACUGAUGAGACGGCUACGGAGAACAUCCUGAAAGCAGAGCUGACCAUGUCCUCGCUGUGCGGCCGCCUCGGCCUGGUGACGCCUCGUGACGCCUUCAUCACAGCCAUCUGCAAGGCCUCCCUGCCGCCACAUUACGCCCUGACUAUUCUCAGCAGCAACGCCGCCAACCUCUCCAGCAAAGCCUACUCCAUCCAGGGCCAGAGUGUGCAGAUCAUCAGCCCCUCCAGUGAAUCUCAUCAGCAGGUGGUGGCCGUGGGGCAGCCGCUCACUGCCCAGCCCCAGGGCACCGUGGUGCUGACUGCAAAGAACAUCCAGUGCAUGCGGACACUGCUGAACCUGGCCCACUGCCACGGGGCCGUGCUGGGCACCUCCUGGCAGCUGGUACUGGCUACACUCCAGCAUUUAGUUUGGAUCCUGGGACUUAAACCAGGGCUGGGCGGGGCCCUGAAACCUGGUCGAGCGGUGGAGGGACCGAGCACGGUCCUGACCACAGCCGUGAUGACCGACCUUCCUGUCAUCUCCAACAUCCUGUCCAGGUUAUUUGAGAGCUCCCAGUAUCUGGAUGACGUGUCCCUACAUCAUCUGAUCAAUGCACUCUGCUCCCUCUCCCUGGAAGCCAUGGAGAUGGCUUAUGGAAAUAACAAGGAACCGUCUCUGUUCGCGGUCGCUAAGCUGCUGGAAACCGGCCUCGUCAACAUGGACCGCAUUGAGAUCCUGUGGAGGCCCCUGACAGGCCACCUGUUGGAGGUCUGCCAGCACCCAAACUCCCGGAUGAGAGAGUGGGGGGCUGAGGCUUUGACGGCGCUCAUCAAAGCUGGGCUCGCCUACAAGCAUGACCCUCCUCUGGCCCAGAACCAGCGGCUGCAGCUUCUGUUGCUGAACCCCCUGAAGGAGCUGUCCAACGUGCUGCACGGCGACAUUCGGCAGAAACAGCUGGAGUGUGUUUUGCAGAUCCUGCAGAGCCAGGGCGACGGCCUGGGGCCCGGCUGGCCCCUGGUUUUGGGUGUUAUUGGAGCCAUUCGCAACGAUCAAGGAGAGUCAUUGAUCAGAACAGCCUUUCAGUGCCUGCAGUUGGUGGUGACGGACUUCCUACCCACAAUGCCUUGCACGUGCCUCCAGAUUGUAGUGGAUGUAGCCGGCAGCUUCGGCCUUCAGAACCAAGAGCUCAACAUCAGCCUCACGUCCAUCGGCUUGCUGUGGAACAUUUCAGACUACUUCUUCCAGAGAGGCGACACCAUCACGCAGGAGUUGGGGCGGGAGGAGGAGGCUCUGCUGAAGCAGGCUCACGAGAAAGGAGAGACGCUGAACAGGCCGUUCCACCCCGCCCCUCCCUUCGACUGCCUCUGGCUGUGCCUGUACGCCAAGCUGGGCGAGCUGUGCGUCGACCCGCGGCCCGCUGUGCGUAAAAGUGCCGGGCAGACGCUGUUCUCCACCAUCGCUGCCCACGGGACCCUGCUGCAGCAGCCAACCUGGCACAUCGUAGUCUGGAAGGUGUUGUUCCAGCUGUUAGACUGUGUGAGGACAUCGUCCACGACAGCAGAUAAGGAGAAGAUUGAAUCUGGUGGGGGGAACAUUCUCAUCCACCAUUCACGCGACACGGCGGAGAAGCAGUGGGCGGAGACGUGGGUGAUGACUUUAGCGGGGGUGGCACGGAUUUUCAACACAAGGAGAUAUCUCCUCCAGCAAUUAGGGGAUUUCUUCGAGGCCUGGGAGGUGCUGCUGAACCACAUCCAGUCAGCUGCUCUCAGUAAAAACAACGAGGUCUCCCUGGCUGCCCUCAAGAGCUUCCAAGAAAUCCUCCAGAUUGUCACGCCUGUUAAAGACUCAGACAAAGCAGGGGACACCCUUGCUGCCAUGGGGGUCCCCCCGGUCCUCAUCGACCCCCUCUCCGCCUCUGGUCCCGGGAGACCCCUGGUGCGCUCCGAUUCCCUAGUCGAGCGGCUGACGAGGUACAACGGAGCUGAGCUGCAGGCGCCGCCGCCAGGGGAGGAGUCGGCCCUGGAGGACUCGGCGUUGUGGUGGUCGGCGUGGAACACGUGGUACCGAACGGGAACGGAAAGCACCAAACCGCCUAGCGGCCCCGCCGAGAAGCUGUCCUUCAUCCCGAGCCAGCCCUUCCUCACAGCGCUGAUCCAGAUUUUCCCGGCACUCUACCAGCACAUCAAAGCCAACUUCAGCAUGGAGGAUCUGAAAAAGCUGGGGGUCAUCCUGUACGGGGCGGUGUCGGUGCCUAUCAGCAGCGACGCCUCACCUUUCAUCCUUCCCUCCUACACGGAGGCGGUGCUCACCGGCCUGCAGGAGGCUGUGCUCACCGCUCUGGAUGUUUUGCAGAAGGCCAUCUGUGUGGGCCCGGAGAACCUGCAGGUCAUGUACCCGGCCAUCUUUGAGCAGCUGCUGCUGUUCGUGGAGUUUUCCUGUAAGCCGCCUCAGUACGGCAGGAUGGAAACCAAACACGUGGCCAAUGCCAAAUACAACCAGAUCCAGCUGUUUGCACCGGCCGAAUGGGUUGCCUUAAAUUAUGUGCCCUUUGCUGAGCGCUCCCUGGAGGUGGUGGUUGACCUGUACCACAAAACGGCGUGUCACAAAGCUGUCAUCAACGAAAAGGUUCUGCAGAAUAUCAUAAAGACUUUAAGAAUGCCGUUAGGUUUGAAGUAUGCCUGUCCGUCAGAGAGCACGUGGAAGCUGGCGGUGUCGUCUCUGCUGAAGGUGCUGUCCAUCGGACUGCCUGUCGCACGCCAACAUGCCUCAUCUGGAAAGUUUGACACCAUGUGGCCAGAGCUGGCCAAUGCCUUUGAAGACUUUCUCUUCACCAAAAGCACUCCCCCAGAUAACCUGUCCAUCCAGGAAUUUCAGAAGAAUGAAGCUAUAGAUGUCGAGGUGGUCCAGCUGAUCAGCACAGAGAUUUUACCGUUUGCCAAUUUCAUCCCCAAAGACUUUGUUGGCCAGAUCAUGGCCAUGCUUAACAAAGGGUCCAUUCACUCCCAGUCUCCCUCGUUCACAGAGGCCGAGAUAGAUGUGCGGAUGCGGGAGGAGUUUUCCAAGGUGUGUUUCGAGACGUUGCUGCAGUUUUCUUUCAGCAACAAGGUGUCCACCCCGCAGGAGGGCUACAUCUCCCGAAUGGCGCUCUCUGUGCUCCUCAAGAGGUCCCAGGAUGUCCUCAGACGCUACGUAGAGGACGAGAGGUUGAGCGGCCGCUGCCCCUUGCCAAGGCAGCAAGUGACGGAGAUCAUCUUUGUCUUAAAAGCUAUCAGCACUUUGAUGGAUUCGCUUAAGAAGACGCAGCCAGAAAACGUGGAUGCUAACACGUGGGCGCAGGUGAUUGCCCUGUACCCAACGCUGGUGGAGUGCAUUACAUGCUCCUCGCCCGACGUGAGCUCCGCGCUGAAGGAGGCCCUGGGGCCAUUUAAAGACUUUAUGCAGCCACCUGUCUCCCAAGUCCAGAAUGGAGAGUCCUGACCGGCCUCACUCGCAGCUCCUUGUUUUUAUAAUGAAGAAAGAAUCCGUAUUCUUGCUGCGGUCGCUUCACAAGUGCUUGGACGUGAGCUCCAUCGAAGGUGACGAGAAGCAAACCACAACGAGGCCGCCUCGGACCACAUCAGUGACCCCAAACUUUCUACGCAGCAUUGUGUGCUUCUCAUGUGAGCUUCUGAAACAUUAGUCCUCUUCAUCGUCAUACACACCGGCUGCGGUUCCCCGACAACUACAGACGUGAAAGAAAAAUUGCAGUGUUGCCUCUGUUUUCUUCUUUUUUUUUUUUUUUAUUAUUAUGUUUUAUUCUCUUGAAGAGGCUGCAUCAAUGUACAGUGUGUGGUGAUAGUAUUGAUUCUUUAAUUAAGGAAGAAAAAAAGACGGAGGCUCUAUUGAUCUUCAAGAUGAACAUUUAAAAUUUUCCAACAUUUUCAACAGUGAGGAUUUUAUGCAAGAAAACAAGUCUUACUGUAACAUUCCAUUUCAUCUUUAGCCAGCCAUCUGAGAAGGGAUGUACAUGUCUGUAAAAACAUAAAAUAAAUGGGAUGAUUCUACAGUCAGCUCUGUGCCACCAUGUCGUGUUUGCUCAAUGCGUUCUCACAUUACAUUUACAUCCGUUUUCUAAUAUAAGAACUGCCCUUAACUAUUUAAUUAAGCAUCAUUAAAGUAUCACAACUGUAGGUGUACGAGUGUUGUUCAAGAUGGUCCAUUUUAGUUUU